AUUUUAAAAUUCAAUAACCAAUAGAAACACAGCAUUUGAUGAUCAUGAUAGGGGGUUGGGGGUGGUGAUCAGGAUAAGGAUUAAUUUUAACUAAAUUAAGUAUUAUUAUUAUUAUUAAUAUUAUUAUUAGCAUUAAUAUGAUAAGAAGAGAAGAAAGGGGGUGAAUUAUAGGGAAUGAAUCAAUCAUAUUAUAGGAACUAGAUCAUUUCACUAAUCUAAUCAUUCUGAUUGGUUCUAUGGAUCAACAUUUGACCUUGACAUCCUAAUAUUGACAAACAUAAAAAGUAGAACAAUUUUAAUUGGGAUAAUCAUUUUAGUUUCCCACCAGAACAUAAACUUUAAUUUAUUUUUAUUUUUAUUAUUUUAUUUAUUUGUUUUAUUAUUAUUAUUAUCAUUAUUAUUCAAAAGAACCUCCAUUGAUCAGAAUGGUAUUUGAAACCCAUGAUGUACUUAAAUAUUUAACUGAUAUGGAAACUAAUUUAAACAUUGGGAAAUCAACAAUAAGAUCACCAUUACAUGAAUUAUUUACUAAUAAUGAUAAUAUACAAGAAAAUCAACGAUUACAUAAUAGAUUAUAUAAUAUUGAUCAGAUCUAUUCAAGACCAAUUAUGGAAACUAUGGAAACUAUGGAUUCAAAUUGUAAAUAUCAUAAUUUAAUUCAAUCUACAAAUGAAUAUACCAAUUUACCAGAUCAUUUAAAAAUGAUUGUGAAUAAAACAUGGAAAGCAUAUUUAUAUCAAGAGAAUCAUGAAAAUAUCAAUCCUAAUAGAAUGAAGACAUCAUCAUCAACAGGAUCAUUAUCAUUAUCAUCAACUUCAGCUAUAUGUACAUGUCAAUCUAAUAUGUUAAUGAAUGAUUCAAUAUAUUUCCCUAUAUGUUCUACAACAAGACAUAAUUCAAUUCUAGGAACAGAUCAAUUAUUGAAAAAGAGAACUGAUUCCAAAAAUCAAUACCAUGAAUCAAUACAAUUACAUAAACAACAAUUAUCUAUAGAAAAACUAACCAAAUUACAACCAAGACCAUUAUUAAGACAAAAAGAAACUGAUGAACACUAUAUAACAACAUUAACAAAUCAAUUAAAUAAUAAUAAUAAUAAUAAUAAUAAUAGUAUUAUUAUUGCAUCAAAAACAUGUAUUAAUCAUAAUGAUGAAUUACAAUCAACCAUAAUAAAUACACAUAGACCAAUGCAAGUACAUAUGCGUUAUCCAAUACCACGUAAACAAGAUGCUAUUUAUAAUGCAAGAUAUAAAACACAACCAUGUUUACAUUAUCAAAAAUAUAAACAUUGUCCACUUGGUGAUAAUUGUCAUUUUGCCCAUGGUCCAAAUGAAUUAAAAUAUCCACAAUUUCAUCCAAAAUAUCGUACUAGAAUAUGUAUUAAUUAUGCUAAUAAUGGUCAUUGUCCAUUUGGUAGUAAUUGUUAUUUUUUACAUUUUACACCACCACCACCACUAGCAGCAGCAGCAGCAGGAACUGCAACCACCACCACCACCAUGACAACAACAACAGCAGCAGCAACAACAACAACAACUGAGAAUCAUAAUUUGAAUAGAAUAGCUACUAGUUUUUGGGAUAUUGAUCAUUUUAUUCAAGAUGAUCGUACAAUUAUAAGUAGUAAUAAUAGUAGUAGUAGUACUAAUAGUAUUAAUCAUAAUAAUAGUAAUAGUCAUAUGGAUACAAUGACAUUAUGUUCAAAUUUAAGGCGAGUUACUAUUUAAAAAUUUAAAACUUUAUUAAUAUUUUUUUGUUUUUCCUUGUUGCCAAGGGGUUUUUGUUUAGUUUAUCCUUUAAGGAACAUUUAUAUAUAUAAACAAGUAUUAUAUAUACCUUUCUAUUAUUAUUUAAGAUGAUAAAAUUAAUAUUUAUUUACAUAGAUUUCGUUAAUUCUGUAUUUUUUUUUAAAGCCUUUACUACUUAUUUUUUAUAUCAGUAUUAUUGUGACUACUUAUAUACACAUACCGCACACAUCCACAUACAUACAGACGUUUUGUAUUUGUCUUCCAAGUAAACAACCUUUUCCAGGGAUCAUUGAGAUUGGAUUAUUACUAUUAUGAUAUCGAUUCAUAGAUCAAUAAUUGUGCUUGUUACAGAGAUCACUCAGAUCCGUUUUUUUUUUAUUUUUGGUUAUUAUUAUUAUUAUAUUGAUUCACAGAUCAAUCAUUGUGUUCGAUUUGAAUUGAUUUUUAAUUUCUAAUUAAUACUACCUCUAUGUUUAUGGUGUUUUAUGGAUACUCUUAUUCAUAUAUAUUAAUAAUAAUAAUAAUAAUUAUAAUAAUAAUACCGGUAUAAUACUUUAUUUUUGUCUUGUUGUCAAGUCAAUUUAAGUUCCAAGAUGUUGUUGUUGUUGUCGUCACCAUUGUUGUUGUUUAUCUCUUCUUCUAUUUAAUGUUCCCAUUUGUUUACUUGUGAUCUAUCCAUCUUAAUUAUUUUUUUACUAAACACAUUUUGAUAAAGAUAUUUUUAUAAAUAAAAAGUUAGUCUUUUAAUGCGUUGAGUAUUGUUGACAGUAUUGUUUUGGUGAGUUGUGUGUAGUUCAUCGUUAGGAAGUAAGAAUGAACUCAGUAAAUGAUGUCGGUACUACUGUGUUAUAUGGUAUUGUACUCAAUCACCCAGGUUUGAGGAAAUUUCCGGGAUAAUUUGAAGAAACC